AUGGCGCUCAAGUUGUUCUUCUCCAGCCUGUCGCGAACGAAACCUCUGGAGCCCGAUGGGGAGGAGUCAACCUUUAAACGAUGCCUGACCACUCUUGACCUGGUAGCGCUUGGUGUGGGCAGCACGCUUGGGGCCGGCGUCUACGUCCUGUCCGGAGAAGUGGCCAGAGAGUCUGCCGGGCCCAGCAUCAUCAUCGCCUUCUUCAUCGCUGCUCUGGCAUCUAUAUUCGCCGGAUUGUGUUAUGCAGAGUUUGGCUCCAGAGUUCCAAAAACUGGCUCAGCGUACCUUUAUAGCUAUGUGACGGUCGGAGAGCUGCUGGCUUUUAUUACCGGCUGGAAUCUGCUUCUCUCUUAUGUCAUAGGCACGUCCAGUGUAGCGCUUGCGUGGAGUGGGACGUUUGAUGACCUCAUCGGGGGUGUCAUGUCCAAAUACUUGGCGGAAAAUGCAGCAAUGGGCCUUCCGGGGUUGGCACCCUAUCCAGAUAUCUUUGCUGCUUUUCUCAUCUUGGUUCUAUCUGGCUUGCUUUCAUUUGGAGUGAAAGAGUCAACCACAAUCAACAAGGUCUUCACAGGGGUCAACAUCCUGGUUCUGGUCUUUGUCGCCAUCUCAGGCUUCAUCAAAGGCGAUAUCGCUAACUGGCAAAUCAGUGAAACUGAUUUGCUCAACGCCACAGCACAACUCAAUAACUUGAGCACCACUGCCAAUAUCACAAGCAACUUCGGAGUCGGUGGUUUUUUCCCCUACGGCAUCAGUGGAACCCUGGCUGGGGCGGCAACAUGCUUCUACGCCUUUGUGGGCUUUGACACAAUCGCAACGACAGGUGAGGAGGUGAAGAACCCUCAAAAGUCUGUUCCAAUUGGGAUUGUGGCCUCUCUACUAAUCUGCUUCCUGGCCUACUUUGCUGUUUCUGCCGCACUUACCCUCAUGAUGCCCUACUACAUGCUCAACAAAAAAAGCCCACUGCCUGUGGCAUUUGAAUACAUCGGCUGGGGGGCCGCCAAAUAUGUUGUUGCCGUGGGUUCACUUUGUGCCUUGUCUACGAGUCUGUUGGGCUCGAUGUUUCCCAUGCCGAGGGUGAUGUUUGCCAUGGCAAGGGAUGGCCUGCUUUUCCAACCCCUGACCAAAGUCACCUCCAGGGGUAGUCCUGGUAUUGCAACAAUCACAUCUGGAAGUGUGGCAGCUUUCAUGGCUGUGCUGUUCGACCUGGAUGCCUUAGUGGAGAUGAUGUCUAUCGGGACUCUGUUUGCCUACACACUUGUGGCCAUAUGCAUCCUCAUACUGAGGUAUCAAGUGUCUCCAACUGACGGUGGAGAGUUAAAAAUCAUGGAAUCCAACUCCAUCCUUUCCUUUGUUAAGCCUCCAGCAUCUCCAAAUUCAGAGACCUCAAGAAGAGUCACCAUUCUGAUUUUAAUUUCUGUUGUAUGCGUGACUGCUCUGUGCAUCACCUUAAACCUGGCUAUUGAUUCACUAUACAACGCGGAGGCAUGGAGUAUAGUGCUGGUAUGCAUCUUCUCCUUUAUCUUGCUUCUUGCCGUUUUCGCCAUCUGGAGGCACCCACAGAACCCAAAUAGAGCAUCCUUCAUGGUACCCUUACUCCCCUUCCUGCCCAUUGUGAGCACACUUAUAAACGUCUACCUCAUGUUCCAGUUACAAGCCGCCACAUGGUUGAGAUAUGCCAUCUGGAUGGCAAUAGGUCUGAUCAUCUACUUUGGCUAUGGGCUGCAUUACAGUGUUGAGAGCCAGCGUCGCAAAACCAAACUGUCAGACAUCGAAACCAUCUGUGAAAUUACCGACAAGGAAAAUUUUAGCGAGUGCAAAUUUUGA